AUGUUGCCACUCUUGUACGGAUUGUUCUGUUUUUGUGCGCUGGGCUGCGGUCAGCUAGCGAGCGGCCAGCCGGACGACGGAAAGCGGUACAUCUGCCGGGCAGUACCCCUCAGCGGCGACGCCAGCUGCCCCGUGACGCUGCUACCCGAGUUAAACGCCGGGAGCCAGGAAGAGGAGCUCAGGAAUACUGUCAUGCAGCUCCGAGAAACGAUUUUACAGCAGAAAGAAAACAUUUCCAAGCAGCAGGGCACCAUCAACGAGUUAACCACCAAGCUGUCUCUCUGCGCCUCAGCCACCGACGAUAGGAAGUACGACAAGGGGGGUUCCUGGGGCAAAGAAAAGCAAAAUACAAUGGGGGAUGUUCCCAGAGACCCAAAUGACACCAUCGACAGUCUUGGAAAAACCAUGCAGGGGCUCAAGGACCGGUUGGAGAACUUGGAGCAACAGCAGAUGCGGGCCAACGUAUCCGGCGCCUCGUUCCCCAGCGAGCUCCGCAACCUGCUGCAGCGUCGGCUCGGGGAGCUGGAGAAACAGCUUCUGAAGAAAGUCAGCAACCUGGAAGAGGAGAAGAGCAUGCUGUCCAACGCCACGGCUGCCUACAGGCUGAAGACAGAGAGCACCCUGAACGCCCUAGUGGAGAGGAUCAGUGAGCUGGAGAAAGGGGGAGGAGACUUCAAGUCCCCAGAGCAGUUCAAGCUGUCCCUCCCCCAGCGGACCAACUACCUGUACGGCCGCAUCACCAAGAGCCUGCCGGAGAUGUACGCCUUCACUCUCUGCAUGUGGAUCAAGUCCAGUGCCAGUCCCGGCAUAGGGACACCCUUCUCGUACGGUGUACCAGGGCAAGCGAAUGAGAUUGUGCUGAUUGAAUGGGGCAAUAACCCGAUAGAGCUGCUCAUCAAUGACAAGGUUGCCCAGUUGCCUUUGGAGGUACGUGAUGGAAGGUGGCACCACAUCUGCAUCUCUUGGACCACGCGGGACGGCCAAUGGGAGGCUUACCAAGAUGGUGGAAAGCUUGGAGCUGGGGACAACCUGGCGGCCUGGCACCCCAUCAAACCUGGCGGGGUCAUCAUCCUGGGGCAGGAGCAGGAUGUGGUGGGCGGGCGCUUCGACGCUGGACAGGCUUUCGUGGGCGAGCUGAGUCAAGUGAACAUUUGGGACCGCAUUCUGAAGCCGGUCGAGGUCCAGUCUAUGGCUAACUGCAGUUCGUACAUGCCCGGGAAUGUGAUCUCUUGGCUGGCGAGCAACGUUGAGGUGUUCGGGAGGGGAGCGUUCAAGCGGCCCCUGGAGAUGUGUCAGGAGAGACUGCCCAAUGCUUAA